AUGAAGAUCUCAGCCUCUGUUGUCGCCGGUGCCUUCACCCUCUUCACUACAGCAUCUUCAUCGGUCAUCGACAGAUAUGACGAACACUAUCCCAACUACAUUCGCGAGGCCGAGCCAACAUGUAUCACUCCUGGUGUCAUUCCCAACAUCACCGGCUCCGAUAUCCGUAACGUCGGGGUCGUUCUUUUCCAGGCAUUCGACAUGAUGGAUGUCUUUGGCCCUCUGGAUCCUCUCCAGCUCAUCUCUCUCGGCGUCCAGCAGCUCAAUCUUUACCUCAUAGCCGAGACAUUGGAUCCCGUCACCACAGCGCCUGUAGCUAUGAACAAGUUCGACUCGAGCUUCUUCCCCACGAUCCCACCCACCAACACUUUCGACGACGACCUCGACCUCGACCUUCUCAUUGUUCCUGGCGGUGCUGGCGCACGCAACCCGGACCUCCAAGCUGCUACUAGCUAUAUCGCAAAGAUGUAUCCCAAUGUCAAGGUCUUGAUGACUAUUUGCACUGGUGCCGGUGUCGCGGCCAGAUCCGGUGUCUUGGACGGACAUAUGGCAACCACUAAUAAGAAUGCUUGGGCCACGAUGAAGCAGAUGGGCCCCAAAGUGAAUUGGGUAUCUCCCGCGCGUUAUGUCAUUGAUGGAAAAGUCUGGUCUUCUUCAGGUGUCACUUCCGGUCUGGAUCUUAUUUUUGCUUUCAUCACCACGUUCUGGGGCAAGGAGCAGUCAGAGCGUCUCGCUGGCAUGACUGAGCAUAGGCCCAGCCUUGUUCUGAGCCAUGAGCAAUGA